GCGGCCGCCGCCAGCCCGCCGCGCGCUCGCCUGACCGCGGAGCCCGCCCGGCCGCCCCCGCCCGCAGCCCGCCGCCCCUGGCCGCUAUGCCCGCCCCCCGGGGCCCCGGCGGCCCGCGCCCCUGCUAGGCUGCGGCGGCAUGGCCCGCGCGCCCGGCGCGACCUCUGCGGAUUGCAUCGGUGUGCGGCGGCGGGGCAUGCCCAGGGCACCGGGCACGGCCUUCAAUGGGCGAGGACACGGACACGCGGAAAAUUAACCACAGCUUCCUGCGGGACCACAGCUAUGUGACUGAAGCCGAUAUCAUCUCUACCGUGGAGUUCAACCACACCGGAGAGCUGCUGGCCACAGGCGACAAGGGUGGCCGGGUGGUCAUCUUCCAGCGGGAGCCAGAGAGUAAAAAUACGCCUCACAGCCAGGGCGAGUAUGACGUCUACAGCACUUUCCAGAGCCACGAGCCGGAGUUCGACUAUCUCAAGAGCCUGGAGAUAGAGGAGAAAAUCAACAAGAUCAAAUGGCUCCCACAGCAGAAUGCUGCCCACUCCCUCCUGUCCACCAACGAUAAAACUAUCAAAUUGUGGAAGAUUACCGAACGUGACAAAAGACCCGAGGGCUAUAACCUAAAAGAUGAAGAAGGGAAACUGAAGGACCUGUCCACGGUGACGUCACUGCAGGUGCCGGUGCUGAAGCCCAUGGACCUAAUGGUGGAGGUGAGUCCGCGCAGGGUCUUUGCCAACGGCCACACCUACCACAUCAACUCCAUUUCCGUCAACAGCGACUGUGAGACGUACAUGUCUGCGGACGACCUGCGCAUCAACCUCUGGCACCUGGCCAUCACCGACAGGAGCUUCAACAUAGUGGACAUCAAGCCGGCCAACAUGGAGGACCUCACGGAAGUGAUCACGGCGUCCGAGUUCCACCCGCACCAUUGCAACCUCUUCGUCUACAGCAGCAGCAAGGGCUCCCUGCGUCUGUGCGACAUGCGGGCGGCUGCCCUGUGCGACAAGCACUCCAAACUUUUUGAGGAGCCCGAGGACCCCAGUAACCGCUCCUUCUUCUCGGAAAUCAUCUCCUCAGUGUCCGAUGUUAAGUUCAGCCACAGCGGCCGGUACAUGCUCACUCGGGAUUACCUCACGGUCAAGGUCUGGGACCUGAACAUGGAGGCGAGGCCCAUCGAGACCUACCAGGUCCACGAUUACCUUCGGAGCAAGCUCUGUUCGCUAUAUGAGAAUGACUGCAUUUUCGACAAGUUUGAAUGCGCCUGGAACGGGAGUGACAGCGUCAUCAUGACCGGGGCCUACAACAACUUCUUCCGCAUGUUUGACCGGAACACCAAGCGGGAUGUGACCCUGGAGGCGUCCAGGGAGAGCAGCAAGCCCCGGGCCGUGCUCAAGCCGCGGCGCGUGUGUGCGGGCGGCAAACGCCGGCGCGACGACAUCAGCGUGGACAGCUUGGACUUCACCAAGAAGAUCCUGCACACGGCCUGGCACCCGGCUGAGAAUAUCAUCGCCAUCGCGGCCACCAACAACCUGUACAUCUUCCAGGACAAGGUGAGCUCUGAGAUGCACUAGGCGUGCGCACGGGCCCGUCCUGCGAGCCAGCGUGUGCAGCCAUCCCAGCACGACCAUCAGACGACAGCACAGGAGAGGGAGCCAAUUGCUGCGACAACCAGGACGAGGGGAGUGGCCCCGUCCCUCCCCCGGCGUCCCUAAGCCAGGCCACCUUUGCUGGCAGUUGUCAGUUUAAAAGAAGGAAAACAAAGGAUUCACAGCCACAAACCGUGAAAUGGACGUGAUUGUCGGCUUUCAAGUUCAGGGUUCUUUCAUUCCCGUACUUGACCUAUGUGCGGUCUUUACCACAUUAUUAGAAUUUUUACAUCUCUGGGUUAAUUUUCACUCCAGCGGUCCCUUUCAGGGGAAGCAGGAGCCAAUGCGAGCUGUUUCUCUCAAUGGCCUGUUUGGCCCCAGAUCAGGGCUCUGGGGACAGAUAACGAAGCUCAGACAAGCCAGCCAGGGGUCCUUUGGUUAUAAAUGGAGCAGUUUCCACUGUCUCAGAGCUGCCGGUCUCACCUUUGUGUUUUGGAUCGUGAAUUCAUGCUGAGAAUUUGCAGGAGCAAGCUCCUCUUUUAGGCUCUUUCCAUGUCUUUCGAUAGCCCCGGUCCCUUUCAGUUUCCUGAGAGGAAAGGGGGGUAUGAAAUCUCCCCGUGUAUGCCUAUUAUUCUCACCACUUAACCAACCUUUGCUGUGCGUCUGCCUUGUACCAGGCAUGGCACUCGGUCCUCACGGUACAUUGGUUUAAUCCCGACGCCUGCUCUGUAGGGCACUCUAUCAUCCUUCAACAGUCAUUGGGCACCUCAUGGGAACUCCUCCUGGGUGGGUCCAUGACCUUUCGGCAUCCUUAUCGUGACCCUGGGAGGUGGCUGGGUGUCCGUUCAUUUCUUCCAUAAACGCCCACUGUUCACUGAGUGCCUGGCUCUGCGCCAUGUGCCAGGGAUUAAAAGGUGAACAAUUUAUCCCCCCAUUGUACACAAGAGGAAACGGAGGCCCCGGAACAGUCUGCCCGAGGCACACCAGCCAGGUGGUGCAGUCAGGGACCCCGUCCAGGGUUUUACACAGGCGCCUUCCUCUCCAUGGUGGUGGCUCACGUUAGAGCCACAGUCUAGUCUGGAAGGUUCUGGAGACAUUGCUUCCUCUGUGAAGCAGGACAGAGCAGGUGGCACAAUGACGGGGUACCUGGGAGGACCCAGGUGCCCACAGGAGAAUCGAGAAGCCCCUGGUGGCUCCUUGCCGUGUUUGGUGACUUCAGGAGCUCGGCCCUCCACACGACUGCUUGUUGUGCCCUGGCCCCUUUUCCAGAUGCGCUGGACCACCUCCGAAAGAAGAUUGCAUGUUAUGACCAUUUUAGGAUACCUUUUAUUUAGUGACCGCACAGUCUCCGGGGACACUUCCUCCAGGGCCACAGUAGUUCCUUCUGCUCUGUCAAGACCAGCUUUGUCCACUCUACCAACCACCCACGCGUCAUCUUUGCCCAGGGAAGGCAGCCGGACCUGUGCUGUGCAUUUUGAUGCGGAAAGCAGCCGGCAAGAGGCCCCACCAAACCCAACCUUUUUUUGACAAGAUGUAACCUAACCCAGGAAAGAGACCCACCCGAGAUUUUUGUCAGUGGAUAACGGUAUACUUUUGUGUGUGUCAAAGCACAAAACGCAUGUGCACUCACUUCCGGCCAUACGAUAUUUACACAAGGAAAUGGGUCCAUUGAUUUUCUUUUUUUUAAUCAAAGUGAAUGAAGAAUGUUUGUUUAUAUAUCACUGUAAAAUCCAGGUGACCUGGACAGUAUUAUAUGUACAUAUCUAUUCUAAUUAAAAUUAACAAUCACAGGAUUGGAUUCCUUUUUUCCCCCCUUUGUAAAGAGGUUCAAGAAUGUGGUAAAUUGUAUAGAAACCUUGUUGAAGCCAAAAUCCAGCUCUGAGGGCCUUACACAAUUACUCGGAUAUUUGGCACGAUCCAUUUCCCUUUGUAUUGAGAUGCUGAGAGGAAACGUGCAUUUACAGCUGGAGGUGUCUGUCAGAUCACAGAUUUAACACUUACCAUCUGCCAAGUGCAGAUCUUACACCGUAUGCAAAAGGAGGUCUUAACACAGUUCCUGGUUCCUUACUUCUGUUGUAAACUUUGGAUACCAAACCAAAGGCAAAGAAAAGAUAAAGAAAAGAGAAAGAUCUUUUCGGAAGUAAAACCUGUCUUUGGAUCCCUGGAAACGAAUGAUGUUCAAAGCAAACUGUGAAUAAUAACGUGUGUUUCGAGAAAAGGUGUUGGGGGGAGGGGGAGAGGCCAAACGAGAAAUGGCAGAAGGGCCAGUAAAAUAGUCACAAACGUUGCUUCCUUAACUGGGUUUAAAUUUUCUGCUCUUCUUGAAUGUACGGGCAUUCCCAUAGUCAUUGUGAAGUUGUUGGGUUGUUUUUAUUUUUGUUCGAAUUCUCUCGGAGGAGUGCUGUCGGCGGCGUUGGACACGUGGGGGUAGAGUAGGUGGAAUCGACCACGUUGGAGUCUGUAACUCACAGGUGCGUUCUUGUUUUCUUUGGUGUUUCACAAAUUACCCAACUGUUGAAUAAAACUAUAAAUAUGUGAAUACCAGCUUUUUCCAAUAAAAUAACAAAUGUUACCU